GUCAAUUUUAUGAAAAGAAUGAAAAUGACUGGGAAAUAUCCGAUAUAAACGAUACAUUAAGUCAAAUAACUCGAAUGGUAAAUAAUAAUGAAGAAAGUGAAGAAAAUGUAAAAAAAGAUAAACCCAGUGGUCCAAAAGCGGAUCAAGAUAAAAUUUACAAUAAAUUUCGUACGUUUCUAAUUGAUAAUAUGAAGGGUGAAAGAGAUGAAAAAGAAACAUUUGUUAGUUUUUCUGGACUUCAACAAGAAAUAGAGGAAAGUGAAAUUCAAAUUAAGCUUGUAAAUAUUUUAAAUAUUUUAAAUAAUGAAAGCAGUGGACUUUCUUAUUAUAGAAACUUAAUUAAUUUCCACAUUUCGAGUUUAAAUAAUGAAAAAAUGGUUAAAGAAAAAUUACGUAAUAUUAUUAAUAAAAAAGAAAAAAGAGCAAAAAUUAAAAAGAUUGCAAAAAGGUUUUAUACGAUAGCUAAAAGUUGUGCAAAGGAUAGGUAG